UCGGCCUCCUCCUUUGUCCAAGCUUCCUGUCCGACUGGAUGUCCCGCUAAUGGACCCUCCUUCGUAUGACGAGGCCACAACCCAGCCGACUUUGAGUGCCUCCACGAUCAUCGUUCCUGCCAGCCGCUCUGUUCAUGCCGCGCCGCCCUCAGUGGCCCCGCCCUCCUAUGAAGCGACCACGCUCAUUGUGCAGCCUGAUCCUUUUCCUGUCUUGAGUUUGCCCACCUCGCCGACCUCCAAUGUCAUCGUCCAUCAACCGACUUUCGUGAAUACAAGACCUCACGUCAACGUGAGCCAAACGGUGGUGGUGUCCCAACCGCAGCAAGUCCAAGUCAUCGCCGUCACGGGGCUGCUGGAUACGCCCGGUCGUGUACGCUGUUCCCGAUGUCAGCACGUGGUCACCACCAAAAUCAGACGGAGUCCCUCGUCACUGGCCUACAUCUUAUGCAUAAUCAUCGCUUUCUGCGGGUUAUUUUGUGGGUUUUGUCUGAUUCCAUUCCUGAUUCCCAGCCUUUGGCUUUACGAUCACUACUGUCCGCUCUGCAACGCGCAUCUGCACACACACUAUCGCUAAAGUGGCGCCCGUCCCAUUACAGAUCCCCUGCAGCAGCUUGUGGAAUCGAACACUUUGCAUUUAGACAUGCAAUGGACUAUGUCACCCCUGUGAAUGUGUUUUAUGGACCUUUUUGCUGAUGGCAAAUGUAAUAAUUUGAACAGAAAUGAAUGCAAAUGUUGGUGAAUUGUGUCGUUUAACGUUAAAUGUCUGUUGAUGAAGCUACAUUGUUGAGCUAGCAUUAUACAACUAGCAUAAUAUCAAAUUGCUUCUGGUUUAGGUGGCUAAUAAACUUCUUUUUUUGUACCGACAUAUGUAAUAUCUACAUCAAUACAAUAUAUAAAUAUAAUUUAUAUGCUUUUACUCAUCGGUUGUUUGUGAUUUCAACACGAAUAAAGUCUGUUGAUGAAGCUACAUUGUUGAGCUAGCGUUAUCCAACUAGCAUAAUAUCAAAUUGCUUCUGGUUUAAGUGGCUAAUAAAUGAACAGGAAGUCAGAAAUA